AUGACUUGGCGGGAUUCCUGGGCCCUCCUGAUAUACCCGGCCCUACUCCCUACUCGCGAUGCCACAUGCUACCGUGAUGGCGCUGGAUCGCGGCGGAACCGCCGCGGCUGGGGUGAGCAGAAAAGGACAAGUGUUUUGCGCCGCCCCCCCCACGCGGAUAUAAGGGAAAAGGGACAAAAGUGCGUGCACCAGAAAUCCGUAUCGCACUGGUAG